ACAAAGUGCGCAUGAAGCUAUUUGGGAUGCGGCCUUCGUACGGUUUAUACAUGUCUGCGAACACACGCUCCCAGCAGAAACAGUUUUGUUGUGGUUUUGGAGCUGCUUAUACUUUGAAUGUAAGAAGGUUAAAUUGACCUAAGACAUGAUGCGGGACUCAUAACCUCCCGUGUUUAUUAGUAAGCAAUGCUUUUGUGGUUGAUGCUUAACAGUUGCUUGCUAUCAAGCUAACCUAGCUGAGAAAGAAAGGUGAGGCGGCUAAGCUAAGGCAGCCGAAAUGUACCGAGGACCGUCAAACCCAGACUACCGCCGGGCUCCUUUACACCAAUCCCGGUAUGGACAUCCGCCCAACAAUGCUGGACCUCCCUUUUCGGACCCGUUUGACAGGCCACCUUUCCCCCCGCCGUACCGCGGAGCUCUUGGCCCGAUUUCAUACCCAAGCCCGGUCGCCGAGCCUCCACCGGGGCAUCCUCCGUACCGAGGCCCCGCCGCUGAAAGCUUCAGCGGAGCAGUGAGCAGAGAGCCGUUCUACGAGGCAGCGCCUCCAAAGCAGUUUCAACACAGCCAGCCACCCCAGGGAUGGACAGUCCAACAGACGGACCUGCAGAGCCUGGAAGUGAGGAAAAAAGCUGAAGAGUUCCUCCGAAUCCUGGAAGCCAAAGACAGGCUGGAGCUGUCCGGUCAGUCUGGAGAAAAGGGCACCAGAAGGCAGAGCCAGGACGAUGAGACCGGAAGCCUUAGCUCAGAGAAACACUCCAGCACGCGGAGCAAGAGCCGAGCCAGGAGCCGCGCCCGCAGUAAGAGCAGGCACCGCAGCCGAAGCCGCAGUCGCAGCAGGGGGAAGAGCCGUGCCCGGAGCCGCAGUCGAGGAAGGAGCCGAGCAAAGAGCCGGGCGAAGAGUCGGGCUAGGAGCCGAAGCCGGAGCCGCAGCCGGAGCCGUGGAAAAAGUCGAACCAGAGCGAAGAGUCGCGCCCGCAGCCGGAGCCGGAGCCACAGCCGCGACAAAAGCGCAAUGAGGAGUAAGAGCCAGCCUCGGCUAGAGUCCAGUAAAGACUCUCAGUGGAGUGUGAAAGAGCAUAGUGGUACCAGCAGCAACAGAGUGAGUCCGCCUGACAUCGCAAUGCCAGACCUAUUCCAGGGCCUGAAGCAGGUUCUGCAGAGCAAGGAGCUGGAGAAGCACCUGUCUGUGGUUAAAGGCGCCCUCAUGAGGAACCAGUUCCCAGAUGAAGUGAGACAAAUACAAGAAAGCCAGCCUGUAAUGGAAACCUUCCAGAAGUAUUCAGAACUUCCACAAAAGCUGUAUGAACCUGAACUCCUCGCUGGCUUUAACCAGAGCGGUCUGCUUCCUCAUGAGCGGGUCGGAGAGGGUGCCAGUUCCUUCCCCCGGAUCUUAUCCUGGGACGACCCCAGCCUGCAGCCUGAAGUCAAGCCCAUGUUCUCAAGCAUCGAGGAUGAAGAGGAGUUCCUUUACGGAGAGGAGGAAGGGAGGACCAAACCUCAGGCUGUCACCGUCCCUCUGGCCCAGACCAGACCAGUACAAUCCCCAGUGGAGACGAUGAUUUCUUCAGCAGAGUCUCCAUAUCUCACCAAGACGCUCCUCUACCAGACCUCCACUCUUCAGGAGCCCAAAGCUCAAGCCGUGCCCAGCAAACAGCCCUUGUCGACAGACACAGCUAAGGUCACCCCUGAGGACUGUGAGAAGGUGAAAAACCUGCUAAAGACUAUCGGUUUGAACCUCAGCAUGACUGAUAUCAGUAAGAUGGCAGCCAGGCUGAAGCAGAAACAGGUGGAGCAGAGAGGGACUUCUCCAGCUUCAGGGCUUGCAUUGCUCAAACCAGCCCUGGAAGCUCUGCAGGCUUUGUCUAAAGCACCCAAGUCUGAUGACAGUAGGAGCAAUCGUUCUGGAAGCAGCCAUUCUCACAGGGAAUCCGAUCACAGAGAAAAGCGGAGUGACGAAAAGGAGAGGAGGGAGAAACAGAUCCAGAUGAAGAGGAAGGAGUAUCUGGUGAAGGAACUGGAGGGGCUGCUGAAGCAGGAGGGUUCAGGUGAUUUGAUCCCAGUAAUAGGUUUCUUUUGCCAGCGAUGUGAGGAGUUCUUUGGGGAUCUGAAUAGCGCGGAGGGCCACAGUGCCUGCCACAAACAGAACAACACACAGAAGAAGGCGCCGGUGGAUCAUCACGACAGGCAUAAGGACACCAAGAGGCACGGACAGCAAGAGACACCAAGAGAGCACCAACAAAGACCACACUCGUCUGACUGCAGAGACAGAGAGAGACCGCCCAUCCAGGACAAACGGUCAGCGGCGUCACGCAUCUACCAAGACUUCCGCGAGCGCAGUCCGGAGAGGAAGCGAGCGAAGGAGGAAAAGAGUCCCCACUCCUCUUCAUCUCACGGGACAGAUCACGACAAGACCAAAGCGGAGUCUGAGAAGAAGGAGUGCAAACAGGAGAGCAAGGACAAAAAUGAGGACAAUGGGUCGCCCAAGAGCGAGAAGAAGAAAAAGAAGAAAGAGAAGAAAAUGAAGAAAAAGGAAAAAAAGAAGGAGAAGAAAAAGAAAAAAGAGAAGGCAGAGAAGGAUGCCGCCGAGUAAUCGAACUGCCGCUCGGCUUGGAUGGGAACGCUCGCGUUUUUUGAUAAAGAAUGUACAUUUGUAAUUGGACCUCUGCAUUUGCCUAAUGCUGUUUACAAUGAUCAGAUGUAGUUUUUUUCAUGUUACAAGUUCAGACAGUUUCAUCCUUUGCUCAAACAGUUAUUUACAAGCUGCCAGUUCACUGUUUUGUUCAAACAUGAUGAAGGUGGAAUGGAAAGCAGAAAUAUCCAUCAUGGACCUGAGUGAAUGGUUGCUGAUGUUAUAAAUAAAUUGGUCAGUAUUUUGUCAAAGUUUCUAUGUAAAUCCCUGAUACUUUCCACCUUGCUGUGUUUUACGUCCUACAUUGGAGUCUCUUUUGGUUCAGUUCUUAAAGGGCCUUUCUUUUCCUUGGCAACAUAAAUGAUGGAGGUUAAUACAGUGCUGUGUGGUUGUAAUCAUAUCAGUACGGCUGAAAUUCAGCAGAACUGAAUCUGACUUUUAGAAAGACAUUUCAUACUACAUUUCGUGUUUUCCUUGUGGUUCUGCUGUCCAAACUUUGAGUGCGUAUACAUGCACUCAUUAAUCUGAUCGUAAUCGGAUUUCUGCAGUUAGCCGAUUAUUCAAAUGGGCAUGUAAACAGCAUACUCUGAUCUAGAAAUCCGAUUAGGAAAUCCAAUGAAGAGAGCUGGAUUUUAGCUCAGUAAUCAGAUUUCUCAGUGCAUGUAAACUCUCACUCUGAUUUCUUUCGGAUUUCUCAGCCUGCGCUUGCGCGAGAUCAGACGUUGGAUGUCGCGAGACGCAGCAAAACACUUGGAGCGGCGCUGAAACCAAACACGAAAUAAAGGAUUUGAAUAUUCUUCAUCUUGUAGAUGAUGUAUGUUUAUAUUUUCAGGUAAAGUGGGGCGUUGUUUAAAAAAAAGUUUGAGUUUUACAUUACGUUUCCGUCACGUCGUCUUCUGCGAGUCUAUUGGCUGGUUGAAAAGCAGUAAUCUGAUUACUGCCUGAGUCAUGUAGACCCAGAGUUUCCCAUUAUCUGAUUACUCAAGAGCAUGUAAACGUGUUGAUUAUUGAAAUUACAGUUAGGGCUGUCAUGGUUAAUUAAAAUCCAUAAAGAAGUAAUCGGUUGCGUUCACAGGUCAGUAUAAAGCAAUGUUCAGCAGAUAGCAUUCGGAUCACUUCUGUCUGCAUUACUGAAAGAGAGGAGACCCACACCAGCAGGAUCUUGCAAAUCCAUGUGUUUGCAGUUAAAUUCCAGUACAACUUUACAGUAAAAGGGAUUCUGAAUGGUUUAAAAUUAGCUAAUGGUUGUUAAUUAGGUCAUGAACACUUAACAGUAUAACACAAAUAAAAAGGGCAUCAGUACCUUGUUGCUUGCCAAAUAGAGAACCCACAUUCAUCUAUACUCUUAAAACUCAGAUCGUGUUGGUUACUUGCUUUGUUUUCUCCAUCAUUUGA